UUUUGUCGGUGCCCAAUAGUAGAGCUCCAGUUAGUAACUGGUUACCUACAGCCAUCGUGCUGUUCCAGCAAAUCACUAAUGAUAUGUACUAGUUGCAUACUUGUAUGCGCUAACUCCGUCCAGUACUCAUCUGUGUAUCAAUAACCAUAUUCCAUCUUUGACCACAAAGAAGCUUUGCCAUGGCAGCUAUCCUGCAAAACACAUGCAGGAAGCUCAGGUCCGUGAUCGGAAAUGAGGCCAUGAUGCUUCUGAACUUCACCGGCGAUCUGCAGGAAAUUCUGAAGCAGCUGGUGGCCAUAGAUGCAGUGAUCCCGAGCACCGACUCCGAUGAGGAUUGGUUAACGGAUGCUUACGGUCCUCAGGAUAGUUGGCGGAUCAGGGUCAAUGCGGUCGCAUAUGUGGUCUGCGAUAUGGUGGACGAGUUGCAAGAGAUGACAGUACCGGCUGCACGAAAUAAGAUGGGAAAGAUGCUCACCCCGCCUGAGAAUGUCGCCGUUGAACCCAAGAGCAAGGAGAUCAUGUUGGGAAAGAUGAAGGAGAUUAAAGAAGCGCUCAAGGAGUUGCAAGAUAAGUCGCGUAACUUUGAUCGUGUAGCGGAUACAACAACAAUUCUAGGAAGGGAGAAAGAUGUAGAAAAUAUACUUGCACGGCUAUCUGUGUGCUGCUCAUCCCGGCAAGGCCCCACCAUUCUUCUCAUCUGUGGGAAGCCCGGUGUUGGGAAGGCAACCGUGGCAGCAAUGGUUUUUGACAACAACCGAUUCAUGGGCUAUUCUCGGGUGUGGAUCAAUUUCCCACCAGGAGAUAUUCCUGACUUGUAUGAAAUUGCCAAGUGCAUACUUUCUCAUUUAGUACCAACUGGGGGAGAAGAGAUCAUCGGCCAUGGUUCAAAUGAAGACAUGGACCAUAUAACAAACCGCCUUCAUGAGCUUCUCAAUGGCAAGAAGGUACUCAUUGUGUUACGUAAUAAUAGCGGAUGGGAUAUGGCCAGUGAGUUGAAGGAAUUGAAGGAUGUGUUGGGCAGUAAUCAGGUGAUCGUCAUAGCGACAUCAGAGAGAUAUCCCAAAGAUGAUGAUGCCAUGGAAAUCUUUGGUGUUGAACCAUACAGUCUACCUCCUUUGGAUGAGGACAUGUGCUGCAAGAUUAUCAAGCAAACCAUCGUUCGUUCUCAAUAUAGAUCAGCAGACAAAGAAGAUUUGAAGCGGAUAGCACCACAAGUUGCAAAGCUCUGUGGGGGUAUACCAAUGGCUGCACAGUUAUAUAGCAACUUGCUGCAGAACAAGCAUGUUGUUAGAGAAUUUCAAGAACUACAGGAUUCCGAAGACCCUUCAGAGAGACCCCUUGAAGAAUCCAUAGAGUCAAGCUACAAAAGUAUGCCACCGAAUUUGAGGUUAUGCAUUGCUUAUUGCGCCUUCGUAUUGAUGAAAAGAGGCGAAAUAGUCAAAGAGGAUCUGAUUCACCAAUUAAUUGCUCUCGAUCUUAUUGAGCCAUCCGAGGCGUUCUCUGCUCCACAGCUUGCUGAACAAUAUCUCAGGAGGCUCCUGGACAUGUCACUCCUUCAAACUGCAAAGACAUCUCCGACUAGUGCAAGGGAUGAUACGUGUGCAGUCUCAUUCACCAUGCACAAUGAGGUACAUGGUUUCGCAUUAACUUCUUCAAAAAAGUUUUUGGGUGUGAUGGAGUAUGGAAGGAGAUAUCGUGAUAUUCCAGAUUGUUCCUAUGUAUUGCUCUUAGAUCUUGACCGCAAGCCAUUGGACUGGAUAUUCAAAAAGCAAAGUACACGGGCGCUACAUUGUUUAGGCUGUACAAAGAUGAAUUUUGGUAAUGAUUCAUUUUCACUUGCAAGGGGCCUCCGUGUCUUGGAAUUACAUGAUGAGAGCUCCUUGCAGAAGCUACCAGAGUCCAUCUGCCAACUGAGGCAGCUGGGGUAUCUCAAAUUGUCAGGCUGGUCAGGAUUAGUUACUCUGCCGGAAUCAAUUGGUGGUCUAAUAAAUUUGCUCCAUAUCGAUCUAUCGUCAUGUUCUGGCCUCAUACAUCUCCCAGGAUCAUUUGGGAAGCUAAUAAAUUUGGUGCAUAUUAGUCUGUCAGGGUGCUGUAAACUAGAAAAUCUCCCAGAAUCAUUUGGGAAGCUAAUCAAGUUGGUGCACAUCAACUUAUCAGGAUCCUCUGCACUAGUACAUUUGCCGGAAUUUUUUGGCAAGCUAAUAAAUUUGGUGCACAUCAACUUAUCAGGUUGCCUUGCACUAGCAAAUCUGCCAGAAUCCAUAGGGGAGCUAACAAAACUGGAGCACAUCAACCUAUCAGGCUGCCAGGCACUAGUAGAUUUUCCAGAAUCUUUCAGGAAGCUAACAAAAUUGGAGCACAUCAACAUAUCAGGCUGCCAUAAACUAGUAAAUCUUCCGGGGUCUUUUGGAAAGCUGACAAGUUUACUUCAUGUCAACCUAUCAAGCUGCUAUGGACUAUCAAAGCUGCCGCAAUCAUUUGGUAAGCUCACAAAUUUGGCACACAUCAACUUAUCAGGCUGCUCUGUAAUAAAGAAACUGCCGCAAUCAUUCUGCAAGCUCAUAAGUUUGGUGCAUAUCAACUUAUCAAAUUGCUCUGGACUAGCAACUCUUCCAGAAGCUUUUGGGGAUCUACAAAAUUUGUUGCAUGUUGAUCUAUCACGCUGCUAUGGACUAGAGCUGCCAAAAUCAUUUGGAAAGCUAAAAAAAUUGCUUCAUCUGGAUUUAUCAUUCCGGUCUUGUUUUGAAGGGAUGCAAACAAUAUUGGGUGGCCUUACAGGUCUCAAGCAUUUGAAUUUGUCACACCCUUGCUGUCGUCGUGCUGACUACCCCCAUCUCAAAGGAUUGAAACAAGUUCUGGGCCAAUUCGUCAGGCUAGAGCAUCUAAACCUAUCAAUGUUCCUGAAUCCUAUCUUUUGCGACCAGUCACAAAAGGAGAAUCUUGAAUACAUCAAACUUAUAAGCGGCCUCUCCACACUGAAGUAUCUGGACUUAUCUCAUAACAUAUUUCUUCGUGAUCUACCUGAAAGUCUAAAUGGCCUCGAGAGGCUACAUACACUGGACCUCUCAGGCUGCAUUAGACUUAAGAAAGUUAACGAAUGGAGGACUCACAUGCCCUCUUCUCUCAAGUCACUAGUACUAAGUAACAUGGAAAGUUACCAGUUUGUGGUUGGCCAUGAAGAUGUCAUCAACAACUACAAUCAGCUGGUGGAUGUAAGAUGUAAGGAGUUGAAGAUAACUCGUCUUCAGAAUAUGAAGUCUACGGCAGAACCACGGAGGAUAAAAUUGGCAAAGAAACAAAAUCUUCAGAAGUUAUUGCUUUCUUGGAAUGUGAGAUCUAGGCGAACCAUGGAGGAUGAUGCUUUGCUUGGAGAACUGGUGCCACCGCAUAGUCUACGGUGCCUUGAGCUAAAAGGUUACAGCAGCACAUGCUUCCCAUCCUGGUUAAGAUCGAGCAGCAUAUCUUCAUUUAAUCUUGUGGAGGUUACCAUGGAGGACAUUCCGAAGUGCAGGGACUUACCACCGCUUGGUCUUUUACCAAACCUGCAGCGAGUGGUUCUCAGAAGGAUGGCCAGAAUCACAAGAAUCCACGCCGGUGACCUGAGUGGCGGCAACACAGCAGCAUUCAAUCGACUUUCCAAGUUUAUCAUAGAAGACAUGGGUAGCCUUGAAGAAUUCACAUACUAUGGUGGUGGUGGUGUUGCAUUCCCGGUUAUUGAUGAAUUGGUGGUGAAAAAAUGUCCCACCCUGAGCUUUGUACCUUUCCCGCCUAGAGCUCGGAGGUUAGUAAUAUCAGACUGCAAUGCUGUGAUGGUUUGCUGGACGAACAGAGCAGGAAGACAUGGUGUGGAGGGCCUUUCUUGUAUCUCUACACCAGUAACCUGGGUUACUGAACUGGUGGUCGAGAACUGCUAUGUGCAUCCAAGUCACUGCUAUUUGCUCAACCACCUCUCUGGCCUCCGCAGCUUAACUAUCAAGAAUUGCACAGAUUUCAACACUCACCAGAGAAUAUUGGGUUCCUAUCCUCCCUCCAGAUGCUAUGUUUCUCUCAUUGCCAGAUGGAGACACUGCCAGAAGAAUUGGGUAACCUGAGCUCUCUCCAGGAACUGCUGAUAGAGUCCUGCGGUCGGUUCCGAGGUUUGCCGAACAAGAUGAAGCACCUUGCCGCCCUUCAGUCAAUGCAUUUCACCGAGUGCAACUCUAUGACAGAACUUCCCCUGUGGUUGGGAAAUCUCACCUCUCUUCAGAAGCUUGCGAUUGAGAGAUGCAUGAAUAUUGAGUCUUUGCCCCCCAGCAUAGGUGAACUUACCAAUCUCAAGGAUCUGCAUAUUGUGAGCUGUUCAGAUCUGAAAUGGUGGUGUGAAAAGGAUGAGAACAAGAAACAUCUCAGUCACAUCCGGCCAAAAAUUGAAGAAGCUCCUACCAGCGUUGCGGGCGAUCACCUUCGUAAAUCUCAGAACAUGGCUCUGACGAAAUCUCAGAAGAUGACUCAUACGAGGAUAUACUGAUGGAACACAGCCUGACGACCCUUAGCAUUCCAGUGAUUUUUGUCGCCAGCUUAUCACUACAAAUUAUAAAUGUUUUUCUGAUGAAAAAUCCCAUAGCAGGACAUGAUUUCAG